GCGAGAUGGCGGCGGCGGCGGCGGCUCGGGCCUCCUUCGUUGCCCUGGCUCGGAGGCGCCUCUUCCCCGCUGCCGGCGGCCUCCGCUUCCCGGCAUCCCCCGGGGCAGCGGCGGGGCUGGGGGCGAGCCCAGGAGCGGUUCAUCCUUGGCCUGCUUUUCAAAGUCACAGUUCCCAGAGCACUUCUGCUCAGGAAAGGGUCCUCCCGAAAACGUCAUUGACUUCGCCGCCGUGGCCCAAAAUCAUACUGCCAGAUCCCAAGGAAGAGACCAGGCAUCACCGAGAAGUUCUUCAGCGGGUGAACGAGCUGAUCGCUGCCGGACAGUAUGGCCGGCUCUUCGCGGUGGUCCACUUUGCCAGCCGGCAGUGGAAGGUGACCGACGGGGACCUGAUUCUGAUCGAGAACACCUUGGAAGCCAAAUGCGGAGAGAGGAUUCGAAUGGAGAAGGUCCUUCCGUGCCCACAGUGUGCUCCUCCUUCCAGCCCAGCCAGACGCCAUGCCACUGCCCCCGCCCUGGUAACAAGGUGCACCUUCACGGGGCGGCUCCAAACCUGCCUCACUGCAGGGUCAGCUGGGCCAGAGCAGGAAGGGCCUUGUUGGAAACGUGGCUAAACUAGGUGAGCGCAGCACCCUAGUCUGCGUGUCUCCCCUGGCGCUCUGUGUGCCUCUUCCCAAGCCCCUGGGGUUCUCCCCUCUACAAGCCCUUCAGAUGCUACAAGACAGUCCUGGUGCUCGCCCUAGUCUUCCUAAAUUAAAUGCCUCCCUUUGCAGAGCAGAGGGCAGCCUGCUGUGGCCCUUGCGGACCAGCACCAUGGCGGGUCAUCGCCGUGGGCGUCCCAGUAUUUUCCCAGGAGCCAGGGCCAGGCUUUCCGCCCUCUUGGUUGUAGACUCUCGUUUCCCCUUUCCAAAAGGAGGGCCACCACGUGCCAUUUACCUCUUCUUCCAGAGAUGGCCUGUGGGGGGAGGCUCAGGCGUCUCGUCUGGGCGGGGGACGGGAGGGGCUCUCGUCCUCUCUCCCUGCUCCCCUGGGGUGUCAGCCUCCAAUUAGUCAUUUUUGUUCUGUCGUUGGCAGAAAAAACAGAAGGAAAAUUAGAAUUCAGCAGCUGCGCCUUCUCUCCAUGGGCCUGAUCUUCCCAUCCCCGCCAGGCAGUGCCUACCUUUUUAAGUCCCCUGGUUUUCCCACGCUGACUUGGAGAAAGCCCUCCUAGUUGUCCUUGGCUUCCAUUCUUUCGCCAGCUUCCGCUUGGGACACGCCCGAUUUUUGUGCUCCUUCUCUGUCCGCUAGCGUGGUUUCCAGUCUGCACUGGUCUCCUGCUUCACCUUCUCAAGGACGGCUUUUGGCAAGCCUCCAUCUUCCUCCCUAGGCCUCACCUGAUGUCUUACCGUCAGUGAGAGGAAUAUCAAAGAGAGUUGUUUCCAUCAUUACUUCUUCAAGGAGUUCUGAACAGUUCUGAUGUGUGGAUGGGAGAGACUUUGCUUUAGAGAGCCUUUUUACAGUUUAAACGUUAAAAUGUUUUUGUAAAUCUUUUCCAUUUUUCUUUUUUUGCAGUCUCCCCCCAUUUUCAUCCUUACAUGCCCUUGGGAUGACUUGGGGUUUGGCUGGUGUCUUGUCAAGUUUUCUCUAAAUGGGUUUAAUCCUGCAUUCCUUUUCUCUGCUUUAUACUGCUCAUAAUCAUUCUUCUUCGUAAGAUUUUUACAGAUAAGUUUCUAUUUGAAACGUUUCUAUUUCAAACAAAACCAAAACUCAAGUCAACUGAAAACUAAUUGAAAGAAUAACUUUAGGGGCAGCUAGG